CUAAUUUUCGGUGCUGAAGCUCUGUCUCGACGCAUGCCACAUAUCACCAACCACCUCGCCUCUCUUCGCGGAUCUCGAUCGUGGCUCUAGCAAUACACCAACUUUCGUCACACGUUCUCAAAGCACGAAUUUACCAGGCCUUGCUUUACUUUAACCUCGGAUGAAAGAAGACUGCGACGCCAUGGUCGAAAUCGACGAGCCUGUUCUCCCCCGACGUCUUGACCAUCAAGCCUUGUACAACAAUGGCGUCAGUCGCAUCGAAUACAAGUCCGGACGCUGGGUGCAUAUAGCUAGCCCCGGUGGUCCACGCACUGGCCGCGCCCCGGACCGCACCACCUUGGUGGUCGCCAUCAGCGGCGACUGCCUGAGAAACCAUGCGACCGGCCGCGCAUCGGUGGGUGUAUUUUGGGGAUAUGGCAAUUUGAACAACGUCUCGACUGCAUUAGACUCGUACCCGGGCCCACGCACCAGGAUUAUGUCCGAGCUCAGCGCCUGUUGUCGGGCCUUGCGUGACGGUCUACGCAUUCGCCAGGAACGUCCCAGCUGCACGCCAGUGCAACGGCUGGUGGUGAAGUCAGACUCGGAGCGAGUGGUGAGUGGGAUUACAGAGUAUAUGCCUCACUGGAUCACAAAUGGGUGGCGGACCAACAAUGGAGGAGAUGUGCCUUAUGCCGGGUUCUACCUUGAGAUCGGAGAGUUGAUCGCGCAGCUUGAGAACGAGGGGACGGCGGUGGAUUUCUGGUUUGUGUCACGGCGACUUAAUCCGGAUGCUCGACGGAUGGCGAGGAAUGGCCUUCGUCGCGAUCCUUGAGUGGGAUGUCGUUUCGUGGCGUCCGUCUGCAUGGUACGGGAUCGUUGACCGUUUCCAGGAUGGACUUGUAUUCAUGCUGGGUAACACUGUGCAAGAUGAGAUGACUGGUUUGUGCUUUCACUACUCUACUACUAUGAGACGGACAUGCAGUGUUGAUUGAUGGCGUGUUCUGACGCUGUGGUCUUAUCGGGCUCGAAGGGCUUGUCUUAUCCUUAUCGCUUUAUGCGGGGGAAGACCCACUGGAGAUCUGGGGAAAUGAACUUAGGCAAUUCAAAGACGUUUUCAAGACUUUAAGAUUCAAGCUACGUAUCAAUGCCAUGAACCAAAGUCAUUUCUGUUAGUCAAG